AUGACUUCUACAGUGCCUUAUGAUGAAUUUGAUAGCCCUGAUAAUAAUCCCUUUGCUGAACCUCCCUUAGAACAUACCGAUACUGAGCAGCCACAUGAAAGCAAUGUCGCAUCUACGCCAGCAACUACAGCUGAACAAGAAGUGGUUGCUUCAACUCAGGUAUCUCCUCCUUCUGCUUCUACUCUGGCGGAAGAAACAUCCACUCAGCCACAUGACAAUCAGCAUGAGAACAAAGAGACCAAUAUCCUACCAGAACGAUCCGAUAAUAAACUUCAUGCUAUAAUAAAAGUCUUAAAUGUCGAGAGGAAAGGCGCAUUAAUGGAAAAGAAGGAAAAUCCCAUAAUAAUAUUCGAUAUAACGACAAACGUCCCCACAUUCCGUAAGACCUCCUAUAAGAAUAUAAAGAAAACAUACCAAGAAUUCACUGAAUUAUUCAAAUAUUUAAACGGCUCAUUACCAGAAUGCUUCAUACCAUCAUUACCCUUAUCAUAUACGAAUUAUGGGAUUCAAAAUAAAGAGGACCAAGUACAAUUAUUGAAAUGCUUCCAAAAUUGGUUUAAUAGGAUUACAAUGGAUCCGUUUGUUCUUCGUAAUAACGAAUUUGCAUUCUUCAUAGAAUGUGAUACAGGUUCAUACCUUCCAUUGAAUAAAAACAAUAUUUCGCAAACUACCGGUUUGAAAAGGAAAACUUUGAAACAAUUGGCUCCACCUUAUGAUGAGGUUAUGGAAUUGGCAGAAUUUAGACCUAUGGUUAAAUCUAUUUAUUUACUUGUUCAAGGUAUACAGGAAAAAUUAUUGAAGUGUAGUAAAUUGAGGAAGUUGAUGGUUCAAGAGGAAAAUGCAGUUGGACAGGGGUUUGUGAAACUGGGAGAUUUAAACACUUCUCGUGGUAGCAAAUUAUAUAAACGAUUCGGGAAGAUUCUUAACGCUAUCGGAGAUGUAGAUAGUAUUAUUGCGACUAUGGAUAUGGGGACAUUAUAUGAUGGAUUAAGUUGGAUUGUUAGAGAUUCAUAUGUUGUAAAGGAAACUUUGACAGAUAGACAUCUUGUCAUGAGAGAACUAAGUCAAGCACAACAAAAUUCUAAAGUCAAACAAGAACAGGCAAGGAGAUUAAGGUCAAAGAGAGACAGUAAUCCUUUAAAAGUUGAUGAUGCAUUGAGGAGUUUAAAACAAGCCACACGAACUGAACAAGAGUUGACUUUAAAGUUACAAAAAAUUACAGCAAAUAUGUUGAUUGAACAGAAAGAAUGGCUUGAAUGGUAUGAAUCGUGGCUAAUAACGUCUAUUAAAGAGUAUACAAUCCGUAGAAUAGAGUAUGAACGUAAAAAACUGACGCUCUUAGAAAGAGUUCGUCAAGAUGUUAGGAAAGCAGAUGUAAAAGGUGGACUUUCUCGUCUAGGGCGUGAAAUGACAUCUAGUAACGGGCAAGAUGUUUCCCAAAGCAUUGAAGGUGACAGUUGGACAGGGGAAAAUCGUCAUAGAACCAGUGGAGAAAUAGAUUUUUUAUCGCACACGGAAUUUGAUCAUACUUUAGGCUUAGAUAUACAAGAGGAAGCUAAUGAUGGAAGUUCUGAUGAGGAAGAAAAACUAAAGUUGAGGCUGAUAGAUCUAAAUUGUUGA